ACUAGAAAUUCCAUCUCAAGCUGUAUUAAUUAUUGCUCCAAAUUUCGUCUCAAGAAAAUUUUCCCGCGCAGGGGAAAUCGCGUGUCCUGGGAUGGCAGCUGUAAGCUUGAGCAUAAACGGAGAUCCGGCCGUCCUGCUAGAACCUGGUACCGUCUACCGCAUUGGGAGCAAGGAAGAAUACGAGUUCUGUGUGGCCGAUGAAUCCAUGGAGCUGUAUCAUGCACUGGCAACCGUCUAUCGAGCGGGCAUCCUUCGCGUGAAUGCGCUGCUGGGCAAGGUAUUUGUGAACGACGUGGAGAACGGCAAUGCGGACAUAAGCCAUAAGGAUGCCAUCGAAGGAAAGGUGAAGCUGCGCUUCGGAAAUGUAAACGCGGAAGUGCAACUGAUAGAACCUCUUCAGCAUCAUGACAGCAGUGGCUUUGGGGAAGCCCUCAAGGAUACAUCUCUAGAUACAACAAACGACAGUGUUGUUAUACCUGAAACAGAGGUGCAGUCGGUCAACACAACAGCUGACAGCUUCUUUGUGCCUGAAACACAAGCUGUGGCCUUUGACAGAUCCACACGUGGUGGCAAAGUUUCGAUGGGCGAUGACUUUAUGAUACCGGAGACGCAAGAUCUCCUCAGCACACCACCUGCAGUUGUGCACAAUGAGGCGAGCAAUUCCAACGAUGGAAGUGCCUCUGAAAUGUGCUCGCAGAUACGCAUUUGCACCCAGGACUAUAAUGAGGAUGCACUUGAGGACUUUGACACGUCCAUGAUGCUGGGGUCUGCUGUGGCGCCGCUGGAGAUCUUUACCGGAUUUUUCAAUCAGCAGGCUGGCGAUGCAACCGACCACGAAUUGAGUGCCUUGAAUUGGUCCACAUCCAAUCCAAAAUGCACUGCCCUGAACAGCACCAAGGAGGGAGAGUUGCCUGCUCGAACAGUUGCUUGCAUCACACCAGAACCAUCUGAACAGAAUCCAUCUCAUGAUGCAGGAAAUUGUACUCCUGAUAUAUUUGAUUUGAUGGUUGCUGAUGGAGAGCAGCCCGAGCCCGAGAACUCCGCCACACCAACGCUUUGCGGGUUAAAGCAGUUGGUUGUGGCCAGCAUAGAGACACCAACAGCAACACCUCUCGAAGUGGAGGACCUCAUUGUCACACAGAGCAACGCGAAUAAUGAAACUAAUCAGGAUUUCAUUCCCACUCAGCCAUUCCCAUUUCCCACCCAGCUCAAGCAACGUGGAUUGCCAUCUAUAAACUCUCCGGAGGAGGAUCGCAGCAUUGCGGAGGAGACCAACGAAGAUUUCAUUGCCAAGCAGCCAUUUCCCUUUAAGCUCAAUCCAGACGGAUUGCCAGCUACUAAUGCUGAGGAUUUCAAAGCCACUCAGCCAUUCCCUUUCAGAAAGAAGCAAAAGAGGGCACACUCAGACGAAAUCACCAAGGAUCACAGCGACAAUGAGGAGCCCUCGCAGAGCAAGCAAGCGAAAGUGCAAGCGACAGACUCGCCUGCAGAUCUCAGCUGCUGCCAGAAUAUUCAACAAAAUAAAGAAAACAUUCCAGUGGCAAGUAAGGAAACAGAAGCCAAACCCUCCACUUCAAAAGACGCAGCAGCUUUAAAUUCGAUUGAAUAUGAUGCUAUCAUGGAGAUGCUGGAAGAAAUGGCAACGGGGCCAGCACUGCCACCUGCUGAUCCAAACGAACCUCAAAUUAAAUUCGUUGAACCUGCCAUCAUCAAGGACGACAACUAUAAUGCUCAGGUUACCCGAAUGGAGUGCGUCUUCCAGGACAAAAACAACCCAGACCGUUGGCGUUUACCGCGACUACCCGAAGGCGCGCGUAGCCGCUUAGCCGGAUCGGAGUCACCGCCACGUACUACCAGAAACCCAAUGCAACGACGCAUCUCAGAUGAAUCACCCAGAAUCGAGCCAAGAAAGCGGCCAGCCAUUACAGAUCAAUUCGCAGAACCUCGCAGAAAGAUCAGCCGCCCAUCCAGAUCCUUGUUAGUUGAAGAAGAAGCUAAGGGGGCAGCUAGCAAGGAGAGUACCCCUGAGUUGGUGGCCAAGAAACGGUCGAAUAGCUCCAAGACAACAACAAGCACUGAACUCGAUUCUGCUUCCAUUUCUAAAGCUAAGAAGGCAAGCAAACCCAAAAGAGAUGAAGAUUUUGUCGUUCCAAUUGAGCCACGCAGACGACCAAGGAACUCAAAAACAAAAUCAGUCAAAAAGAUUCAGGAAGAGGCAGCCGGACAUGGGAAUACAUCCGAAGAAGAAGAAGUUGCACGGGAAGCAAGCAGGCCACAAAGAAGGCUGAGAACUAAGCAAAUAACGAAGCAAGAGGAAGCCACAGGACAAGCUAAAUCGAGUGCAGAAGUUAAAGGGAAAGGAACCAAGCAGAAGGAAGCCACAGGACAAGCUAAAGCGAGUGCAGAAGUUAAAGGGAAAGGAUCGAAGCAAGAGGAAGCUACAGGACAAGCCAAUACGAGUGUAGACGUUAAACCGAAACGAACCAAGCAAAAGGAAGCUACAGGACAAUCUAAUGCGAGUGACGAAGUUAAAGGGAAAGGAUCCAAGAAAGAGGAAGCUACAGGACAAGCCAAUACGAGUGUAGACGUUAAACCGAAACGAACCAAGCAAAAGGAAGCUACAGGACAAUCUAAUGCGAGUGACGAAGUUAAAGGGAAAAGAUCCAAGAAAGAGGAAGCUACAGGACAAGUCAAUACGAGUGUAGACGUUAAACCGAAACGAACCAAGCAAAAGGAAGCUACAGGACAAUCUAAUGCGAGUGACGAAGUUAAAGGGAAAGGAUCCAAGAAAGAGCCCCAGGCAGAGCAGGCCAACACGAGUGCAGCAGUGAAAGGGAGAAUGGGGAGAGCUAGGAAGUCCCAGACUCCGACACCUACACUUCUGGACACCACAGAUAGUAAGAUAACGAAGGAGAAGCCACCAGAGAAAGAAAAACGUGGGGUGGGUAGACUUCGGAAGUCCGAAACACCAACAGAAGAAAAGCCUAUAAAACCGAAAGUUAAGAGAAGUAAGACACCACCCACCACGAAGAGGAUGACUAGAAGGAACACUGCCAAGGAGGAACCUGAAGAAGAACCACAAGCCAAAGUUGCUGCAGUUCGUGAACUCGUUGUUAGGAUUAAAAACGAGAAGCUCAUAAAAUCCAACUCCUCCAUUGAAGAGGCAAUUGAUGGACCAACAACGAGUAAUGCAUCAGCACAACAAAAGGAGACUUCUCGGAAGGAGGCAAGAAACAGGAGCAGCAUAAGCUCCGACAAGAAUGUUUCGUUGUCUCAGGAGAAUGCCCUUAAAGCCAUUAACCAACAUGUGAGGAAGGAAAAAGGAAAAGGAAAAAUCAAAAUAGCAUUCUCCGCGUGCAAUUCAUUAGAUGUUUCGUCUGUUCUGAAGGCCCUAAAGCAUUGUGUGGAGAAAACGGCUGAUCCACUGAGCUGCGACGUGCUUAUCAUGGACAGAGGUGAUCGCACAUACAAAUUCCUGGUGGCGGUGGCGGCCAAUAAACCAAUACUGUCCAGUUCCUGGCUGCAAUCCAUGCGGGCAACGUCUCGUGUAACUGUGCUGGCGGAACACCUCUUCGCUGACUCCCACUUCGAGAAGAUGUACAAAUUCGAUCCCUUAAUGGCCAUGCAGCAGCCUCAAUUGUUGAGUGGUUUCCACUUUAUGCUCUGUGAGGGCAUUCUACCCAAUCCAAAUGAAAUGAAAGCCAUUAUUGAAAGUGCUGGUGGCAAAGUCCACAAAGAGCCGCCUGCACAGGAGCAGAAACUGUAUGUUGUAGCUGUGGCCAAGGAUAAGCAGCGCUACGUGCGACGCUUGCGCAAUCAUGCCCAUGUCCAGUACAUAAACACAGAGGGCAUCAUGCAGUCGCUGGUGCAGCACAAUCGGCAGCGCUUAGACGACCCAAAGGUACAAAUUUGAGUCUCAUGUUUGUCAAUAUUUUGUUUUGUUCCUUGUCUAAUUUUGUGUUUUCGUCCAUACAUCAAUAUAUCUAUAUUCCAUGUUAAUUUAUUUUCAAUUAUUAAAUACA